AUGAACCCCUAUGUAACUUUCUUUGAAGCAGAAUUAGAUGCAAUAAUUGCAAUGCAAUUUAGAGGCAUUGUUGACACAACUGAGGGGAUGGAUAUCCCCAAAUACAGAGGGAUAGUGGCUAUGGUUUUCUAUUGUCUUAUGGGCAACGUUGAUCAAGACAGACUACCUCCAACUCAAGGAAAGGAAGAAACUGUUGCAUGUACCGUCACAGACCCCUUUCAAAACCUGAAUGAGUAUUAUAAGAAAGGAGACCUCAUCAUUGGAGGGAUGACUUCUCAACUUAGUUGGAUAGCUGAUGAAUUAUAUUUCAGUGAACACCCUAAAACAAAAUGUGUAGAUGAACUUCUGGCAAAAUCGAAGAAAUAUCAACAUGUUCUCUCCUUGGUAUUUGCUGUGAAGGAGAUAAACGAUAACACACAGAUCCUACCAAAUGUCAGCCUGGGAUUUCACAUCUAUGAUAGCUACGACAAUGCAAGGAUAACUCAUCAGAACACCCUGAAUCUUCUGUCCACCACCAAAAGGAGUGUCCCCAACUUCAAGUGUGACAAGAGAAAGAAUCUGAUAGCUGUUAUUGGGGGAUCUGACUCUGAGAUCUCCCUUUACAUGGCUAUUCUCUUAGACACCUACAAAAUUCCACAGGUUGCCUCCUGUGUUUUAGCUCCAGUGAGGAAUGUUAAAACUCAACUCCCCUCCAUCUACCGGAUGGUCCCCAAUGAAGCAUAUCAGUACAAAGGGAUUUCCCAACUCCUUCUGCAUUUCCAGUGGACGUGGGUGGGGCUUAUUGCAUCAGAUGAUGAAAGUGGAGAGACAUUCAUGCAGAACAUGUGGCCAGUGCUCUCCCAGCAUGGAAUCUGCACAGCCUUCAAUGAAAAACUUCCACCCUUAUCUCAAGCUCUGGAGAAUUUCAGUUCUUUGGAACUUGUCCGGGCCAAAACUUCUUUAUUAACCAUCUCAAACAUCAAAGUAUUGGUUGCAUGUGCAGAACCUCAGACAAUGACAACUUUGUUGUGGAUGAUAUAUUACUUUUUAUUAUUAGAAAACCUAACAGAGAUUUCUAUUGGUAAAGUGUGGAUUCUGACAGCCCAGUGGGAUUUCUCAUUUGAAACAAGGCUCAGAGCUGUUGAUCUACAACUCUUUAAUGGUGCUUUGUCUUUUGCAAUUUACUCAAAUAAAGUGCUAGGGUUUACAAAAUUCCUGCAGAUUCUACAUCCUAAUUUUCCCAAAGGAGAUGGUUUUCUCAGAAUCUUCUGGCAAAAGGCAUUCAACUGCUUAUUUUCUGAUUCAAAGGAGCACAACGAAAACACCAAUGCUUGCACUGGCCAAGAGAAACUGGAUAAACUCCCUGGUUUUCUUUUUGAAAUGAGAAUGACUGGCCAAAGUUAUAGCAUUUAUAAUGCAGUCCAUGCCAUUGCACAUACUUUACAUAAGAUAUAUUCAUGCACACCAAAACAUGGAGCAAUGGAAGGCAGGGGUAGACUGUAUCCUCCAAAUUUGCAGCCUUGGCAGCUUCACCCUUUCCUGAGGAGCAUCUCAUUUAACAACAGUGCUGGUGAGACAGUAUCUUUUGAUGAAAAUGGUGAAUUAGCAGCUGGAUUUGAUAUUAUAAACUGGGUUACUUUCCCAAACCAAUCUUUUUUAAGAGUGAAAGUGGGAAGAAUGGAUCCACAAGCUUCACAAGGCCAGGAGUUCACCGUCAAAGGAGAGGCCAUCACAUGGCACAGCACAUUUAAUCAGAUGCAGCCCUUUGCUAUGUGUAAUGACCACUGCCAGCCAGGCUACAGCAAAACAAAAAAGGAGGGGAAGCCAUUUUGCUGCUUCAAUUGUACUCCAUGUCCAGAUGACAUGAUUUCAAACCCAAAGGACAUGGGCAAUUGUUUCAAAUGCCCAGAAGAUCAAUUUCCAAACAAGAACCAAGAUCAGUGCAUUCCCAAGACAUUAAACUUCCUCACUUUCUCGGAACCUUUGGGGAUCACUUUAGCUUUUUUGGCUCUGUCUUUUUCUCUGAUCACAGCUUUGGUGUUUGGAAUCUUCAAUAAGCAUGAAGACACUCCCAUUGUCAAAGCCAAUAAUCGGGAUCUUACCUACACUCUGCUUAUUACCCUAUUGCUCUGCUUCCUCUGUUCUUUGCUAUUCAUUGGCAAGCCUCACACAGUGAUUUGCUGUUUACGACAAACUGCUUUUGGCAUCAUCUUCUCAAUUGCUGUUUCUUGUGUGUUGGCAAAAACCAUCACAGUGGUUUGGGCUUUCAUGGCUACAAAACCAGGAUCUAAGAUGAGGAAAUGGGUUGGGAAAAGACAGGGUAAAUAUUUUCUUCUUGGAUGCUCCUUUAUUCAAACCAGUAUUUGUGUGGUAUGGCUCUGUACUGCUCCUCCAUUCCCAGAUUUUGACAUGAACUCUCUGGCUGAAGAAAUCAUAGUGGAAUGCAAUGAUGGAUCAGUUAUCAUGUUUUAUUGUGUCCUUGGUUACAUGGGACUCCUGGCCAUUGUCAGCUUCAUUGUGGCUUAUCAAGCGAGAAAGUUGCCGGAUAGUUUCAAUGAAGCCAAAUUCAUCACUUUCAGCAUGCUGGUGUUUUGCAGUGUUUGGCUGUCCUUUGUUCCUUCGUACCUGAGCAGCAAGGGAAAAUAUAUGGUGGCUGUGGAGGUCUUCUCCAUUUUGGCCUCCAGUGCUGGGUUACUGGGUUGCAUCUUUGCCCCUAAAUGUUAUAUACUUAUCCUAAGGCCUGAUUUGAACAGCAGGAACCCGUUAAGUUGCAGAAACAAGCAACAAUAA